AGUCCUCAUUCAAAACAGAACACAGCUGUUGAGGGUGCAUCGCUCUGUCCUCGGCUAAUGCCUGCUUGCAACCCCCCCAAAAACUGUCUCCUUCCGCUGUAUCUCGUCUUCUCAUGAACCCGUUGGAAUAUUACACAGAGACGAUCAAAAAAGAAGAAGAGGACGCCCUUCGGUGCUCGGGAACGUCCAGCUGGCAGGCAGCUUCCAAGUGAGUUGUGGGACUUGAUAUACAACGACGAAGAAGACAGUGACAAACAGCAAGAGACUAAAAACUCACCUCCAGCACCAUGCUCAUCUGACACACAUAGCGGGCAGGGCGGGCUUUGCUGCAGCUGGAGAUGAUGAACAGCGCUCUCCUGCGUUAGAGCUGGAUGGUGUGGGAAUGAUGGACUUCCCAAAUGGCCAAUCAAGCCUCGCCCUGACUGCUGUGACGACCUCUGAGAGGAGCAGCAGCUCAGAAUCUCUCAGUGAUAAGGCUUCGUCCGAGCUGAAGAAGAGCUUUGAUGCUGUUGUCUUCGAUGUGCUGAAGGUCACACCAGAAGAAUAUGCUGGCCAGAUUACGCUCAUGGACGCUCCUGUGUUCAAAGCCAUCCAGCCGGAGGAGCUGUCAAGCUGUGGUUGGAAUAAGAAGGAGAAGCACAGCUCCGCGCCCAAUGUUGUGGCCUUCACUCGCAGGUUCAACCAGACUACUUUCUGGGUGGUUCGGGAGAUCCUCCACUCGCAGACGUUAAAGAUAAGAGCUGAGGUGCUGAGUCUUUACAUACGCACCGCCAAGAAAUUGUGCGAAAUGAAUAACCUCCACGCAGUCAUGGCUGUUGUGUCUGGCUUACAAAGCGCUCCCAUCUUCAGGCUGACCAAAACAUGGGCGUUACUAAGUCGGAAAGACAAGGCGACGUUUGACCGGCUCGACUUCCUGAUGUCCAAAGAAGACAAUUACAAACGUCUGCGAGACUACAUAAGCAGCCAGAGCAUGGUGUCCUGUAUACCGUACUUAGGGAUGUACCUGUCUGACCUGACUUACAUCGACUCCGCCUACCCCUCCACGGGCAGUAUCCUGGAGAACGAGCAGCGAUCAAACCUGAUGAAUAACAUUCUCAGAAUCAUAUCAGACUUGCAAAGAUCCUGUACCUACGAUAUACCAGUGUUGCCUCAUAUACAGAAGUAUCUCAACUCAGUCAGGUACAUUGAGGAGCUCCAGAAGUUUGUGGAGGAUGACAACUACAAGUUGUCGCAGAGGAUUGAGCCUGGCACCAGCACGCCACGGGCAAACGCCUCCAAAGAGGAUCUUGCUGGCCAGGAGGCAUCUGCGUCUCCUCUAUGUGGCCGUAAAUGUUCGGUGGCAGCCGAAGCCUCUAAAGUCCCGGCAACACCUCCCUCCCCGAGGAACCUGCUGCCCUAUGGACACAGGAAGUGUCACAGUCUGGGUUACAAUAGUUUCAUUCAUAAGAUGAAUACAGUGGAGUUCAAAAGUGCCACCUUCCCCAACGCUGGUUCUCGCCAUCUUCUGGACGACAGCGUGAUGGAGAGCAACAGUCCUACCAGGGGUCAAGCAGAGAGCUCCACGCUGUCGAGCGGCAUUUCACUUGGGAGCAGCGAGGGCUCAGAACUCAGCGAGGAAGUGUCAUGGCCUGCUUUUGAGAGGACUCGGUUCUAUCACUCUCUGGGCCCAGUGACCCGUGUGGCCCGCAUCCCCUACAGAGGAGUCCUGAGGCCCAGCAGCUCAGCAGAGUCUGAGGAGCUUGCGGUUCACCUGUAUCCUGGAGCCGUCACGGUCCAGGGGGUGCUGAGGCGGAAAACUGUACUCAAGGAGGGCAAGAAGCCAACGGUGGCAUCCUGGACAAAAUACUGGGUGGCUCUUUGCAGUACGCAACUUUACUACUAUCCUGUCAAGUCCCUAAAGGCCACUGAAAGAAAACAUUUCAAGUCCAAGUCGAGCAAGAGCGUGUGCGUGGUGGGUCUGAUGGCCAUGAUGGCGGACGAUCCCGAGCAUCCUGAUGUCUUCAUGCUGACCGACUCUGAGCAUGGGAACACCUACAAAUACCAAGCGGGCAGCAGGAUGAAUGCCUUGCUGUGGUUCAAACAUCUCAGUGCCGCAUGUCAGAGCAACAGGCAACAGGUGCCGGCCAAUCUGAUGUCAUUUGAGUGAGCAGAGCUGAGGACAGCAGCGAACUAGCGGCUGAGGAGGACCAGGAGGAGGCGGAGUCCCAAUGGGAGCUUUCACUGCCCGAUAUCCCAUCACCGUUCCCCCACCCCCUACCUCUCUGGCACCUCCCACUACACCCUCACCUGCCACCACUGCCUUAACAAAAGAACCCUGUGUGUGUGUGCGUUUGUGUGUGUGCGUGUGUUAAGACUACUGAACAAGGACAUAUGUGCACCACUCAUCUCUUUGAUUUGAGCGCCGGUGUUCAGCACUUGAGUGGAGCCCCGCCUCCUCUCACACUGGCUGCCCUCCCCCUCCCCAAAUGGACAGAGCUCAUCCUCUGUUAGUUUGUGUUGUCCAAUAUUUUUUUUUUUUUAGUGACGCUCAUGUUGGACUACUUUUUUUUGGUUGUUUUUUUUUACUUUAGAGGGUCCAGACGUUGAAAGCAACAAUCCCUCCCUGGCGUAGUCUUGGAAUAACAAGAUGAUUUUACUUCCACGUAUUAUUUUUUUCCCUGUUUUGUAACAUAAGGGCUUGGGUGGGCGUGAAUGUGUCUGGUUUUUAUGACGGGAUAUAAGCCCUUCCCCCUCCUUUGUCCGGUGUGUUGUAUAUAAUAUGUGUGUUUGUACGAUGUUCUCAAUCCAACCUUCCUCACUGGGGGAAAAAAGAGACAACAUGAUUUACCUUGAACGCUGCCUGGAGCCGUACAGAAAGAAAAAAAAAAAGGUUCUCUUGUGUUCUUUGGGAGAAUGUGUGCAGCUGGCAGUAUUACUACAUGAUUGCACAGUGUUUUGUCUGUUACAUUUGAAUGUUACAUUCUUCUUCUUUUCCUUUCACUUUUUUAUUGCCCCAGCUCAGUUUUAGUAAAGCACCUUGGUGAUGUUUGGUGCCAGGUGAAGAAAGACUUAAUUGCAGCUUCCUGUUGAUGCACAGAGAUGCUGGGAAAAUGGCCACCAUCAGAGCUGCCACACUGCUUUUAUUCGCCCAUCCGUGCCUUUUACACAGAACCCAGUAACACAUGACAGGGCAUCACGCAGUCACUCGUGAAUUGCUUUCAACACAGCAGGGUGGGAGAAGUGAGUGUCCCAUGUUAAACGCCCCCCCUCCAUCCAAUCUAUGGCUCUGAUGCCACCGCUGAAGGCAGAAAAUGCCCCCAACCUCCUUUUCCGUGCGGGAAAUUGCCUGCUUUUACAAACGGUGUGAAAGAGCCUAGUGACGUGAGGUGUUCCCUUUCACACAGGGAGUUUCCUGCCUCUGAUGCUAUCUCACAAGGUGGAAAAUUGCCAGCUUGGCUUAGUCACCCCAGUGUGGGACGAUACUAUUCACACAGAACAAAAGUAUGGGACAGAGCCAGAUUUUAAAGGAAGUAAAACCAUAGAGACGAAAAUGGAAUAAUGUGAGAUCCACUUUGAUACUCUAUGAACACACAAAAAAUCCAAUUCUAAAAACUUAACUACCACAAAUAAAAAAGCCAAUUUGUGUUAUUUAUACUGUCUGAUAACAUUUGUUCCAACUUUUUUCGAAUAACCAUUUAUUUUUUUCGUGUGGCCCACAUAUCCUUUGUGACGCAGCCAUGUUUCAUUCUAUUGUUGGAAUAAUGUUAACAAUAAACAAAAAUAAAGAACAAGCUGCACACUACAAAUUUCCCCUAUAAAUGGGGGGUGGGGUGGACAUGCUCAAACGGAUACAAUUUCCAGUGUGUAACAAAUACGUCAUUAAUACAGCAAAACAGAACUAGAACUAUGACUAAAAGUAUUUUGGUUACUUAUUUAGUUAAUUUUUUACAAGUGGUAACAAAAAAAAUAAUUUUUACAGCUUGAGAUGCUUAAAACAGUGAAUUUGAAACUUCCUGUAUAAUUGUGGUGCUGGUCCAAUACAUUUGUUAGGCAGUCUCAGUCAACAUAUGAAUGUUAUUUUUUGUAUUAUUACUUUUUUAAUGUGGUGCAGGCAGAAAAUGACCCCUCACCCACACUUUUGAAACCUCUAGUGUAAGGGAAUUCCACGAUACCGAGAAUGUUUUAACACCUGACACGCACUUUUCGCGGCCUGUUGUUUUGAAAGCGACUGUUGCUGUCGGACAAGUAUUUUAUAGAUGCCGGUUCUGUACACGCUUUCACACUGCAACGCCGGCGGCCCGCUUUGCUGGAUUCUGUGGAAAAGGCGAAUACAUGCCAGAACUACCGUGAUGCGGCUACUUGGGGGAAUGUUUGUACAAAACGGGCGAGAGUGUUUUGUUGCAGAUGUGACGAGAGACUGGUGGCGAUGACCAAGCAAACCUUUCGUGUUUGCACGGUUGGUCUCCCAUCCUGGAGACAUUUUAAAAACUCAGACGGGGGCUGAAGAGGCGAACAUAUCUCAACUCCCAGCAGAGCACUAAUGCGCUUCGCAGAGCCCGACACUUUCCGACUCCCCGGUUCCGCUCCCCCGUCUUGAGCGAGGGAGGGAGAGGGGCGCCGUGUUGACCUUCCGAAGGCAGCCGGCUCGCUGCUGCCGCUGUGUUUUUAAAACAAAAAAUAACCCUGGUAGACGUUCAUUCAUGUUAGACCACGUGCUGAUGCCACACUGGAACAAUGAAUGAGGAAACCAAAGACAAAGUGUAUUUACAAUCAGCUACGUCAUGACUUCAGCGCCACCUCGCCAUCUCUGUGUGUGCGCGCGCGUGUGCAUGCUGGAUGUCUGAAGUGUUAAAAGCCAAGCAAAAAGCGCCAGAAAAAAAGGCUGUGAAUGAAGUUUGAGACACUUUGAGAGCACUAAGACGCUCUGCUUUCUCCUUUUAGCGCCACAAGUUUUUGGACAGAGGAGGGCAGGGUUGUCCAAAGUGUGGCCCCUGGGCCACUUUUUUUUGUUAUCAGCCCCUGGUGCCCUUGCAUACUCUAAAAAUAAAAUCAAAUUAAACGUGAUGGCGUAUUUGGACCAAAUCCAGCUCCAAACCAAAAUGUUGCCACUCUCCAGGGGGUGCUGCUGAGCUGGUUUUGGGCAAUGGCAAUUGACCUUUAGGAUGUUUAACAAUAUGAAUUCAAUGUGAAGAAUAUCAAUGCGUGGCCCCCACAACCUUACUUUUUUUCUUGUAUGCGGCCCUCGUUGGAGAAAGUUUGGACACCCCUAAUGUACGAUGUUGUCUUUCCACACCUCCACCAUGGAUUUGACACCUUCCAUUUAGGAAUUGCUGCCAUUUUAUGCAGAGUUUGUAUGUUUGUACUUGAUUGAAAAUCCUUGCCUUGUUUGUGGCUCUUUCAGCCUUCACUUGUUUGUCUUCACAAAGUUCUUCUGGCUGGAAUCAUUUCUUUGCCUUCAAAAAGUCUUGAGUUGACAGUGAAAGCCUGGCUAAGCAUCGUUUCAUCAAAGUAUUUUUUGCUAUAAAUGAUAAUUACGACACUUUGUCCAAAAAUAUUAGAGCGGCUGAAAAUGGAGGUUGAUGCUUAACAUGGCAGUAAUUCUUCAUUCAUUCAAUUCCUGUUUUUGUGUUGUUCUUGUUUUAUGGAAAAUUCACCGUGGUGCGUGUGUGUAUAAAGAACAAUAAGUUUUCCUAUCAGGAUUUUUCAAAUGAAGCGCCUUAUGUGUGCUUCACGGUAACUUAGUUGCUUAUGCCCACGCCUUUUUGUUUAUGUGGCCAUCAAUGUACAUUUUGUGGAUGUUUCCUGGUCGGCUUAUUAGUCCGAGUAACGUAAUGACUGGUUGGUGUGGGCCACACCACCACAAAUGUCAAGUCCCCCUCCUCCGUCCCGUAUUUGAGUCAUGAUGAAGUUUAAAAAUCCCCCUUCAUGCUGCCCGAUGGUCUUUUACGUCUUCAAGGUGUCAUUGCCAGGCCGCUAUAUUGUUUUAUUGCCAGUGGAAAUGUGAAUCCUGCCUUCUGAGCGUUUUCUGUACCAACUUGAAGGUGGCGAGGGCUCUGUGGAAAAUGACCUGUGUGUGUGUGUGCGCGUGCGUGCUGAGCGCUGUGACCUCACUGCCGAGUGAUGUGCUCCCCGGUGUAAAUGCUGAGAAACAAUAAAUACCCCGACUGUUUUUUUACUCCACUUAUUGGCUUUGUCACUCUUUGUAUGCUAAAGGAUGGUUUGGUGUUUUUUUAAAAAGGUUCUCAGACCAAAAGCACGAGUAACAGAUACCCAUUAAAAUGUCUGUUUUGACACAAACCAACAACAGGUCAUUCUCCCUUACUCACGGUGCAUUAAGCAUGCUGGGUAACCUCCUGUUGUAAGUGUGACUGUGGGCUUACCAGCAUGCCUUGCUAGUUAUAAAUCAGUAUAAAAUAGUACCACUUUGCAUGUAUAUUAGUGUGUAAGCGUCUGUUUUGAUACCCGCAUACAUUGUUGGUAUUGUUUUAGAUUGAAGCCAACCUGCACUUAAAAGCUGAGAACAACCACCUAGUGCAGUGGUUCUCAAUUAUUUUCUGUCAUGCCCCUACCCUAGGGAACAGAAAUGUUUUCAGAGUAGAAAACAGAGUAGAGUUUUACAAUGCAAAAAGAAGAAAUGGGAGUGGCACCAAAAAUGUUUGAGGAUGAAAUUUAUUGCAAACAAGCAUGGAAGUGAAAUAGGCUGAUUACAAGUUUAAGACCACAGUCUUUAAAAGUCAAAAUCUUAGCAAAAAUGUGGACACACUGUCAUGAUCUCUUGAUGGCAAAGGUAAAAAAGCUUUCUCUCUUUGAACGCGGUCAGAUUGUUGAGCUGCAUAAACAAGGCCUCUCGCAGUGUGUCAUUAAUGCUGAUGUUGGAGGAAGUAAGACGGUCAUUUGAAACUUCUUCAGAGGUCCUGAGCUUUAUGGAACAAAAAAGUCAAGUGGUAGACCCAACAAAAUGUCAUCGGCCCUGAGCUGGAGGAUCCGAUUGGCUGUCCGUCAAGACACGGGACCGUCCUCGACCCAAAUGAAGGUUGUUACUGGUGCCGUCCAAUAACAAUCAAACAACAUCUGCAAGAGAAGACUUUUAAGAACAAAAAACGUCUUCAAAGGCCUUGUCUCCUUCAAUGCCACAGAAUUCCUUGUUUGGAAUUUGCACAAAAGCAUCAAACAUGGGACAUUGAAAGGUGGAAAAAAGUUUUAUUCUCUGAUGAGGAAAAAUGUAAUCUUGACGGUCCAGAUGGCUUCCAACGUUACUGGCAUGACAAAGAGAUCCCACCUGAGAUGUUUUCCACACGGCACAGUGGAGGGGGUGCCAUCAUGAUCUGGGGUGCUUUUUCCUUCAAUGGAACAACGGAGCUUCAGGUCGUGCAGGGGUGUCAAACGGUGGCCGGCUAUGAAAAUUAUAUUUCUAUUUUAGAGGGGUUUGAGUUUUUUUGAGCUAUGGUCUUAAACUUUUGAUCAGCCUAUCUCACACUUAAUGUGAGUUUACAAUAAAUUGCUUACUCAUUUUUUUUUUGUGUCACUCCCAUUUAUUCUUUUUUCAUUUUGAAGCCCUACUUAGAACCUCCUUAAGAUCCGACAGUACCAAAAUCUAAAUUGUUGUGAUUUUUCAACCGGUUACCGUCAUAAUCGGCAUAAGAAUUGUCAUACGCUCUUUGAUGAAUAUAAGUACAGACAUGUGAUGCUUAUUUUUUAACAAUAUAUUCUCAAAUAAGACAAAUUCGAUCAAACAGUGUGGUCUACAUGUUCUUUUUAGUUGCACCGUGAGCGAGGCAGGCAUUUGGAUGGAUA